AUGGAUCUCAUCCAGCUCAACCGCGAGUGUCUCCUGCACCUUUUCUCCUUCCUGGAUAAGGACAGCCGCAGGAGUUUGUCUCUUACGUGCGCACCGCUGCGUGAAGUCUUCCUGGACCCCCGGCUGUGGAAUGUUCUCCACUUCAGCUCGCUCUCUCAGCUAAGGAGCGACAACUUUGUGCUGGGACGCUCCUUGCGUCACCUGUCCAUCUGCUGGUACUCUAGCAGGGUGCUACAGGUGUGCAACAUCGAGGGCUGGUUGAAGAGCUCCUUUCAGAGGGACAUCUGCAGCAAACACGACAGACUGGUCAGCACCUUCCUGGCUCGUGUCUGCCGCUUGUGCCCGAACCUGCUAUCCUUGAAGCUGUCCGGCUGCGGACACAUCACCGAUCAGGACAUGAUCAUCCUGCUGCGGAACUGCAGGAAGCUGCACCGCCUCCACCUGGAGAACUGCGUCGGCAUCACAGACCGCAUACUGGACGGGGCGGUGGCUGACGGCUCCAGCCUGGAGGAGGUCAAGGUGGACUUCUGUAGGAACAUCACACAAGAGGGGCUCAAGGCUGUGCGAGAGAAGAGGCCCGAGCUGAGGCUGAGCGCAGAGAGGAGCGCAAGCAUGAUUCCAGAUAGUAAUCCUGAGGAGAAGGUGCCGCUCACGAGAAAUUUGCAGAAACUCCUGGAGUUCUCCUGAUAGCAGAACCAGUGUUUUUCAAAGACUAUUUAUUAUUUAUUGACAGAGAGAUUGUCUUUUUUAUUGGGUUUGUCUUCACUUUGUGUUUUUCUACCUUACUUUCCUGACUUUAUAGUUUAUACUGUAAUCCCCCACCCACUAUUCGACCGAGCCCUGCCGCAAAUAGCGAAAAACCAUAAGUAACUGAUACCCCCCGCAAAUGUUUACUUUUUAUAAUUGUGUGUCAUAAUAGUUAAUCCAUAAAUAUAUCACAAACUAUGAUUCCAAAAAAAUUACUGUAAUUUUAUCUUACAACAUUACCCUUACAAAUAAAUGGUUUACAGAUCA